AUGACGCGGGCUCCAGCGUCCUUGCAGCUGAAAGGGCGUAGUGGGUCUUCAUCCGAAAGUGCGCAUCCUUCACGAUUGCCCCCCUACGGGGGACAUCCAAGCGACGCGCAGAGCGGGUUCGCGACGGCCUACACCGUGCCCCUCGGCGCCCCAAUCGACAUGGCGACACCGCUCAGUCCACUAAUGCAGCCCGAGCCCCAUAGUCUCCACAGCCGUAAUCUCAACCACAGCGGCAGAGCGCACAUGAUAACAUUGCAACUUCACUCCUCCGAGACCGGCAGCCUGCUGCCACAGAGGCCGCCGCAGCGUAACGGCGGCAGCAGCGAUGCGCGGGAGUUCGCAAACCAACAGUCGCUGCUGACUCUCGCCCCCCGCGACAAAGCGACGUUUUCGGCCAUGCUGCGCUCGGGGCUCUCCUCGCUGCCGCCGUCUCUGAAGGCACCGAUGCCACUGCUACAUCGGGCGAUCGAUGUUUCAGAGAUGCGUACGCCAGCUCACGUCACCGUCGAUGGCGCGCUUAUGAACGGGCAGCGAGAGCUGCCCACACCCGCUGACGCUCUUUGCAACCUGCUCCAGAAGUACAUAGAUGCGCAGCGAGCACUGCAGCCAGAUGCGCGGCAGCAGCUGGAUGGUGUGUCUGGGAAGCUCACGGUACCGCUAGACAUCCAGGAGCUGGUUCUUAGGCAAGUGCAGGACUUCGCUUUGCAGCUCGAUGCUGCGGCUCAUCCGCACGCGCCACCUUAUCAGCGGGCGGUCGUCGUUUCUUGGGACCAAGCCCCUGGCGCGGAGUCGGGAACAUGUGGCCCAUUGGGAGAUGCGGGGCCUCCGCCGCUGCUGUCGGCCCCUGCCGCGCACAAGGGCGACGACGUUCCCUGGGAUACCAUUUUGGGCUACCUAGCGGACUCCCCCACUGCAGCACACGCCACGCUGCGUGCCGUGGCCCCUGCGCCGCGGCGCCGACUCGAGCAGCUGGGGUGGCGAUGGAUGAUUGCGAAGGUCGCUAUGAGCAUCUGCUCCUUCAUUCAGGAGAGCGACGCGGGGGCCUGUGUGCGGGACGCGUAUGCGCGCUUGGAUGGGCAGGAGCGGCAGUACGUUGGGAGCGUACCAGUCGCACGCCGUACCCCGCUGCCCCCACCGUACCGGCUGACGAUGGCCAAGAACGAGCGCCUGCUUGAUGGCAGUGCUCUGCUGCACUGCGAGCGGCAAUCGCUGCUGCUGGAUUGGGUGUGGCGCGAGGGGUGGCUGCACCACCUCACAUGCACCCACCAUGCCUUCGUCCUGCCUCGUCUUUCCGGUGGCCGCACCGUGCUCUCGCGCAUUUGCGUCGACGGCGUCUUUUGCGACGUGCUGCGGCCCAAGCGGAACCGACUCGACGGCGCUGGUGGUGAGGGAAAAAGCGGAUCGGGCGGAGCCUUUACGACAUCCGGGGGCGCAGGGGACAUGAGAGCCAAGGCUGCUUAUGGCGCUCAGCUGACACCGUUGCCUCUGCCUAUUUUAGAGAAGCGACCUGCCGAGGCUCUCAGCGCAACGCGGAAGCUGCUGGACGAUGCUGUCAGUGCGAUUUCCCGAGAGUGGGCGCGCAGCGCAGCUGCAUCACGCUCUAAGCAGCUUCAGGUCACGUUGGCCCCUAUCUCACAGUCUUCUCGCGCCAAUACCCCGUCGUCUACUGUCACGGCGGCGAUGGAAAGCUCCCUCGCCAACCCACCUCAGGAGGCGGAGAGACACUACCGUCUGAACACAGUCACCGACCUUCCGCAUCAUCCGCACUACGGCCAUGCUUCGCUGCCCGUUCUUGUCGAGGAUGUGAGCGGCACCGUACAUUUGCUGUGCACGAACAAGACUCGACUAGACACAGCGGAGAUGCGGGGAUGGGUCGGUGCCUGGCUGCGGCACCACCACCGCCUGCCUCGCCAGCCCAUCUGCAGCAGCGCCGCCGAGUUCUUGCUUGUGCGGUCGCCUUCGGUGCCUCUACACGCUGUGGACAAUGAAGUCAGCGAAGGUGACCGCGUUGUGGGCACCACUGCCGCCACCGUCGCCCCUUCGCUGCAGGCAGACGUCGGCAGGACGAGGCACACCGACCGCACCUCGCCGAGGGGAGAGGAUGGGGCAGCACCCAAUCCACCUCUGUUGACUGACUCUGUGAGCCCGCCGAAGGGUGACUGGGAGGAGGACGAGGACGAGGAGGACUACGGCGCGGCGAUGCCGGAACUGGUCUUCACCCUGGACGGAUCGAGGGAUCAUGCAAACAUGGCCAACGCUGAGGGGCUCGCGGGCGUCGUGGCCGUCGGUGAAGCCGGGCACGCAGGGCGCGAUCCUGCUGCGGAAUACUGCUUUCGUGUGCGCCUGCAGGAUUGGCGCAACAAAAGGCACAGUGUGGUGCGCAGGAUGAACGAAGUUGACCCACCGUGGUUGAUGCUGGGAGACGCGUCAGGUCCUCAGCCACGACCUCUCGCGCUCCAUCUGACAGAGCAGCACAUACCGUGGCUAGCACACCAGCUGUGCCCUGACAGCGAGGGGGGCGGCCUUUUGGAUUUGCAGGAGCUUCAUCUUUUCGUAACGGAGUCGCUGCUGCCGCCAGGAUGGGCGGCGGCGUGGCGAUGGUGCAUGAGCGUGCUGCGGCAUCGCAAGAAUUUGCUAGUUCUGAGUGUGGCUGCACGUCCAUGGGCCCCAGUCAUGGCAGAGGGUGCGGCGUCGGAUCUGCACAGCGAUGGCGAAUCAUACGACGCGUCUGAGGUCACUGGGGUGUUGGGUGCCUUCACCGCCCAUGCUGCUAUGUUCACAGCGCCGCUGCAGGUGUUGAGCCUCCAGGGCGCCGUGGCGGACGCUGCCGCACCGCUUUUCUGCGAUGUGAGCUGUGAAGCACACACGGAGGUCGGCGAGGAGGGAGUAUCACCGUCUCUGGAGCGCCUGCGAGAGCUUUAUGUGAGCGUUCGCAGCGGCCCGAGUGCUGGGGGUAGCCCCUGCUCUGUCGGGCUUGACGACGUGCAUGUCACCGCUACCGUGUAUCCGGCGCUUCAGGUGCUGUGGCUCGACACGCCGCGCCUGCGCCACAUUCACCUCGAUGACUUACUUGUCCUGCGAGAGCUGCAUCUCAUCUCUGAAGCAACCUUUGCCUGCUCCACUCUACGCGGGGUGGAGCUGCUUCCUCACCUGGAGGUGCUCCACUUGGAGAGGGCUGUUAUCGACGACUGCUCUUUCUUUGGCGAUUGUCCCGCUCUACGCGAGUUGCUGCUGCACGCCUGCCGAUUGUCGCCUUUUCUGCCGUCGCUGGCGAUUGUGCCGGAUAGCGGCGGCGGACGCCUGGAGGAGCUGCGCGGCGUGGAGAGGGCGCCACGGCUCGAGACGCUGUCACUGUGUUACACGGAGGAGGUGAGGAACUUGCAGAACUUUGCUCGCUGUCGCAGCUUGCGCCGCAUCCUCCUCACCCGAUGCAACGGCAUCAGCUCUAGCUCCAUCGCGGGGCUAGAGGAUCUUCCUCACCUUGAGCUGCUGGCGAUGGAGUACACACGAGUGAGCGGUCUCUCGCACUUUGCGUCUACCCCGGCGCUACGCGUACUGCGCGUGGACGGGUGCAAGCGCGUGCUACACUCUUCUGUGAUGGGUCUGGAGAACGCCGCCCUUCUCACGGAGCUGUCUUUGAAAAGCACCAAUGUCUCGACGGUCGCCAACUUCGGUGGGGGGUGCCGUUCGCUCCGUUCACUGGACUUGAGUGGCUGCCGGCAUCUCGAUGUCGACGGACUCCAAGGGAUCCAGGCCCUGCCUCAGCUGGAAAUUCUCUGCCUUUCUCACAUGCCUAUCACGGAUGUCGACUUCCUCGCUGACUGCGUGAGGCUGACGGCGCUCUACUUGGAGGGCUGCACGGAGCUGCUGCCCACGUCAUUGGAGGGCCUCCAGCAUGCGCCACGCCUCCGCAAGAUUGUGGCGAACGGAUGCCCCACCCUGACGCGAGUGGGGCGUCUUGGCAAGUGCGCCGCCCUUGAAGUCUUCGCCGUCGCCGGCGCCACGGCGCUCACUGUGGAGGGUCUGCAGGGAAUCGAGCAGGGUGGCCACAUCGAGUACCUGGACCUCUCUUCCACCGCGGUGCACACGCUUCGCUUCUUGGUGGGCGGCUGCCGCGCCUUGCGCUACCUCUCGGUGAAGGGCUGCCGGAGAAUCACCAGCAUUGGCGCACUGCACGGGGUGGAGGAGCUUCCGCGGCUCCAGGCGCUCAACAUGGAGAGCUUGGAUGUACACGGCCCCCUCGAUUUCUUGGCGACGUCCACCUCUCUUCGCUAUGUGUCCUAUGCCGGGUGUGCAAGACUCUCAAGCGAUGAUGUGCAGGCGCUGCGCAGGUCGGGGGUACAAACGGCUAUUCCGUAG